UGAAGCUUAAUUUGGAAAUUGGAAUCAGAAAACGAGACGUGCGCGAGGGAGUUUGUCGAUUGUUAUUUGUUCAUUGUUUUUCAUAAUUUUCUACGUAACUUUUUUAUAUUGCAGUGCCGCGUACAGCACGAUGUUCCGCGAAGAAUUUACCGCAAAUACAUAACAAAGCCUGUGUUUGUUUUAAAUUGUGAUCUAGUGCUGUGAUGAUGGCUCGUUUAACUGAGGAGAUGGUGAUCGCUCGAUCGAAGCAGUCGGAUUUAUCGGCGAUAAAGAAGCUCAAUUGCUGGGGCGCGGAGCUGGGCGACGUGACCUUGCUGCGAAGGAUGCCAAACGUUGAAGUCCUCGCUUUAAGUAUCAACAAAAUCAGGACGCUGGGCGAUUUCGCGGGCUGCCGGCGUCUCCGGGAGCUUUACAUCAGGAAAAACGAGAUCAGGGAGCUGAACGAAAUCCGUCAUCUGAGGCAUUUACCGGACCUGACCAACCUCUGGCUGGACGAGAACCCCUGCACGCAACAUCCCGAGUACAGAAUGACGGUGCUGAGGAACCUGCCGAACUUGGAGAAGCUAGACAAUGUGCCAGUACAACCGGACGAGGUCCAGGAGGCGAUGCGCCGCGGGGCCCACAUCCCGGACUCUGACGACGAAGGCUACCCCCAACCGCAAGAAACGUACAGUCAGUACAGACGGCAGAGGUCGUGCGAGUCCAGUCCGGAGCGGGAGUCGGAGCAGUUCUACACCAGACCACCGAACAAUAGGCUUGAACAGACCGCCGGCAGCGACAGCUCUGAGGGCGCGGACCAGCUCGAGGCGCAGCGCCUGGACGCACCCCAGUGCCCGAUGUCGCCGACGCGUCGCACGACAGUCGCCAGAGUGUCGCCAGACUCUGAUGAGCGAUACGAGCACCCCGCCAUGACGAGAUCUCACUAUGAACACAGGAGCGGUCCGCGGUCCCCGGACAGCGGCACACUGCGGCACUCCUUCUCGGCACAGUCUGUCAAGGAGUAUUCGUAUUCGUCUAACGGCGAGUGCAGACAGGGCGCAGGGGGCGCGGGGCCGGCAGGGGGCGUAGUCUCCCCCCCGCACCACUACCACGAGCCGUACUACGAGAAGCCGGACAGGUCGGAGUCGUACCAGCAGAUGCCGCAGCCCCGGUCGGAGGUGUGGGAGCAGGACAGGUGCAGCGCGCGCGAGCGAGAGUACCCGUCGGCCGUGAUGGCGGAGCACAGGGGGUUCACCAGGAGACCGGUCACCAGGAAUUCCAAUUUACUGUCAGCCGUGCUGUGCCUGGUUAAAGAACUGGAUUAUCCGAGUCUCGAAGUAGCCGAGAUGGCCGUCAGAUGCAGAAUGGACGAGCUGGCAAACAGCCAGUGACACACGGCCGCCAAGGAUGGCGAACUCGAUCAGGAAUCUAAAGGUUAAAAAUUGGCUGCAGCAGAGUGAGGGAGCGGUAUUGGUUUUCGUAAACAGAGCGGUGUUGUUACUUCGAACGCUUUGAAGAACUCUGCUAAUAAUUUAUAUUUUUUCACGAGACCCCUGUGAAACUCAAGUUGUAUAUGCGCUAUACUGAAUAAACUAUUUAUAUAUGUAUAUAUAAAAAUGAAUUGCUGUUCGUUAGUCUCGCUAAAACUCGAGAACGGCUGGACCGAUUUGGCUAAUUUUGGUC